AUGACUUGGCGAGAGAUGCUCAUGCAACACAAUGGUGAAACAGAUGACUGGGAAGGAAUGGAUUGGAAUUUGGAAGAAAAUGUUGAUCAAAGUGCACCUGCGGAGGAAGAGGAUGUGAAUUAUGGUGGGAUUAAAAUGUGGACAGAGGAAGAUGGUAGAACUCAUUUUGGUUGUACUAGAAAAGCAAGAACAAGAAUGCUGAAGGUUUGGGAAAAAGCUCUCAUUGUAAAACUACUUGGAAGGAAUACAGGAGUGGCUUUCAUGAAAAAGAAGAUUGAAAUACUAUGGGCUAGAGCUGGAAAGAUUAACGUUACAGAUGUAGGUAAUGGAUUCUAUGUGGUGCAAUUUAGCAACAAAGAUGAUCUUCUUUUUGCUCUAAAUGGUGGUCCUUGGAUUAUUUUAGGCCAUUAUUUAUCACUCCGACGUUGGGAGCCAGCUUUUAGACCAAAUGCUGCAAGUGUGAUGAAGAUUGCAGCUUGGGUGCGAUUACCGGGUAUCCCACUGGAGUAUUAUGAUGAAGCCUUUUUCCGCCGUAUUGGUAACUGGCUAGGUAAAAUGUUGAAGAUCGAUAAGACAACUAAUGAGCAUGUAAGAGGACAGUUUGCUCGAAUUUGCGUGGAACUGGAUCUUGCUCAGCCUUUGAAGGGUGAAUAUGUGUUGGACGGAGCAACUAAACAGAUAGAAUAUGAAGGUUUAGGCCUUAUUUGUUUCCAUUGUGGGCGCUAUGGACAUAGUAAAGAUUGUUGUCCUGAGAUACCAGUUGAAGGAAAGGAUAAUCAGCAAAAUCAAGACGGGAUAAAAGAUGAGGCUGAGUUUCAGAAAAAUGGAUUAGGUCCUUGGAUGGUGGUGCAACGUCAACGUCGAUCAAAAAUUCAAACUCCAAUGGCGGACAACAGGAAGCAGGAACCGGUUCGAAGGGAAUCAAGGCGUAAUCAAGGGAGUAAUCAAGGGACGACUAAUCCGGAUGCUGUUAUAAAUGACGUCAAUAUGGUGGGCUCUCCUGUUAAUAUUGAUAUUAGUACAUCUCAAGGGUCCAAACACAGAAACCCUAGAAGCCGUCCUAAUGUUGAAUUACAGGAACACCCCAACCGAUUUACGUUAAGUGGGAUUACGACAGGUCAUGAAAAAGAAAAUCAAAUAAAUGGGAAGAUAGUUGACAGAGGUACCUCAAACAAUAAUACAACGAACUUGAGGAGGCAAGUUGCGAUUCAUAAUAGUAAGGACAUUGGAGGUAAAAGCGGUGGAGAUUCCAUGGUGGCUAGGAGUACUGUUGCUGAUUAUAACAAAGAUUGUUAUCAAAUGGAGGUGGAUAAGGAUGGUCAAAAUAUCAACGGCUUAGAUCAUGGCUUGUCCCAACCAAAAGCGCCUGAUCCAAGUAGAGAUAAAGGAAAGCAUAUCCCAAUAAACCAUAACCUCAAUAUUGAGGUGGAGAUGAUUUCAGAAUCUGAAACUCAGUGCAAUGACAAUGGGAUGGCAGUGGACCCACGAUCCUGCCAAAUUACCAUUGAUUAA